UAUUAAUUAUUAUUUUGUAGCAGAAAUUAAUAUGAUUUUCAUUGCAGCAUAUGCAGCAUUAAUUGUUUACCCAUUUCGACCACGUGGUGCUGUUGACAGGUUUUACUUGAGAAGUUUCACUUUUCGUGUUUAUAUUUUGGUUUCUUCAGGAAUUGAAGCCUUUUAGUGAAUUUCCGUGAAAAUGGGUGGUCGUGGAAGAGGCCGAGCCACUUCCUCCUUCACCCAGGAACAGCUCCAAACCCUGGGUUGUGUGGGAAAGGAUCUCCAGACGAUUGAUCGAACCCUCGUGCCUCCUCCACUUUUUCCAAUGCUUCCGACAAAGCCCGUGGCACUUGAUAACACUUCUGAGAGACAGUACAAGGUACUGUGGAAGGAGGACUUUAUUGCAUACCUCAGGGAUUCGCCGUAUUUCACGAAAACCAAGACUCCGGAACAGAAAGUGCAGCGAUACUCCGAUGCUUACAUUGAUGAAUUGGAAAACACUUCAAAGACGCGGCAGAAGGGUGAAUUCCUCUGGGACACAAUGCCACAGGAAUUGCGUCCGAGUGGGAAGAAAACAAAGAAACGGAAUGUUCCGGAAGGGGUUACUGUGAUAAAGAAGCCGAAAACUGUGGAUAUUGUGGAGAAAUUGAAUCAGCUGGAGAAAUUGGAGCAGGCUACUGAGAGGACGAAGAUCAAACAGGAGCCAGAGAGUGACAAUGAGAAUGCAGAAGAGGAAGAACAUGAAGCUGAAGAAUACGACGAGGAAAUGGAUGAUGAGAAUGACUAUGGGAACAAUUACUUCGACAAUGGGGAGGCAUUCAAUGAGGAAGAUGAUAAUCUGGACGAUGGGCCAAUUUAUUAAAAUAUUCUUCACAAAAUUUCAUUUUUGUUUUCUUUUCUUUCGGAUUGUCAGUCCGGAUCCUCUUGACAGAGGAUCAUAUUGCUGACCCCGCUGAAAUCUUCCCGGAAACCCAAAUGGAAGGCAUUUAAAUCCGUGAAAUUUUGAAUUUGAAAAUCAGCUGGGGCCGUAUCCCGAGCGUAUCUCCUCUUUGUGAGAGAAGAUUUUACGCGAGCUUCUCUCCGUGACAUUUUCUCCUAUUUUUCCCACCUGCCUGCUCUCCGUAUCCACGAAUAUCGGAGAGAAUCAGGUGAGAUUUUCGUGUGGAAAUCGUUUUUUGACAUUCCGCGCGUUGUUUGGUCACAAAAAAACUGAAUAGGGGAAAGUGGUCUGCCUUUGAAUGCGGCAGCCUUUGAAUUUUGUAUUUUUUUUCAUUUUUCGUUAAAGCAUAAAUUCUUUUUUAUUAACUAUUAGAUAGCUAUUCAUAAUCCUCACAAGUUAUUAAAAAAUGCAGACCCUAGCUCUUAUUUUCUAGGUGCUAGGGCAAAAAAACGAAACUAAGCUCUAAACUGUAAUUUUGAUGUUCCACAAUUCAUAUGUUUUUUCAUAAUCAAAAUAAUUUUUCGAACAAAUCUUCUAUUGUGAGUCAUAGAAGGUUAUUCUUGGAUGGUAUUUCUCCAAAUACAUUUUGAUUCAGAUAAGACAAAUUUUGUGGGUGAUAAAAGUUUGCAAAUAUUGCUCUGCGGCAGCCUUUGAAUCUUAAUGUUGUGUGCCUUUGAAUCCUCUCUUUCCAUACAUUGAAACAUCUGACUGCUUCCUGUCCGGGAGCAGAAUAGAACUCCUACUUUAUUCCGACGAAUGUCAUACAAAUACUUAAUUAAGAAUAUAAAUAGGUUAUUCAAAGAUCUAAUCAUAAAAUGGCCACAACUGUUUUCUUAUUCACGAGAGCUGAAACAAAAUAAAACUAAAAUAAUAAACAAUUUGGAAAAUGAUUGGUAUCAAACUCAAAAUAUUAGAUAAAUAAUAAAAAAAAAGUUUGAAAUUCCUGCCCAGUUUAUUAAGAAAAAAACUUCAUUGAAAUUUAUUAGGUGUGAUUCCUUCUAAUCACACCUAUUGUAAUCAUCAGAUUUUCUCAAAGUGCUCCGAUCGAGCUGAAAUUCACAGGGUAUAUGUUUUGAACAUCCCUGAUGUCGAAAAUCAUAAGCCGGCAAUUUCGGGUCCGGCUGCCGUCCGGCCGUCCGUAGUACGCAAUAUCUCUGGUUAGGAUAGAGAUAUCUUCAUAAUUCUUUUUUUUGAUUUUAAAUAUAUCUACGCGCGCGUACGACGAUUUCUGUGAUAUUACUUUUUUGAAAAACUGGUUCUAAACCGAUUAAAAAUCACGUUUUGUAGUUUAUCUCGAAAUCUAAGCAUGCGAUUUUGAUUUUUUUAUGUUUAUGUUGUAGUCCAGAAAAUUUAGACCAAUUUAAAAAAAAAGAAAUUAAGACAUUCGUCGAACGGUUCUCGAGAUAUUUCACUUUAAAGAUUUCAAUUUUAAGAAAAUUUGCUAUUAGCGUCAGGCGGGAAAAAAAGCGGGAGA